UCGGAACCCGCGCAGAGCGCCGCUGUGGAGCAGGAGCAAGCGCAGCCUCGUUCCUGCAACCUCGUCCCCGCCGCCCGCAGCCUCGUCUCCAACGCCGCCGCCGCCGCCCCCGGGGCAUGGCCUGUCUGAUGGCCGCUUUCUCGGUCGGCACCGCCAUGAAUGCCAGCAGCUACUCUGCUGCAAUGACGGAGCCUAAGUCCGUGUGCGUGUCGGUGGACGAGGUCGUGUCCAGCAACGUGGAUGAGGUUGAGACAGACCUGCUUAAUGGGCACCUGAAGAAGGUGGACAACAACUUCACAGAGGCCCAGCGCUUUUCCUCCCUGCCACGGAGGGCGGCAGUGAACAUCGAAUUCAAGGACCUUUCUUACUCCGUACCUGAGGGCCCCUGGUGGAAGAAGAAAGGAUACAAGACCCUUUUGAAAGGGAUCUCUGGGAAAUUCAACAGCGGAGAGCUGGUGGCCAUCAUGGGUCCUUCUGGAGCUGGGAAGUCCACGCUCAUGAAUAUUCUGGCAGGAUACAGGGAGACUGGCAUGAAAGGGGCAGUCCUUAUCAAUGGCAUGCCCCGGGACCUGCGCUGCUUCCGGAAGGUCUCCUGCUACAUCAUGCAGGACGACAUGCUGCUGCCUCACCUCACUGUUCAGGAGGCCAUGAUGGUGUCGGCGCAUCUUAAACUGCAGGAGAAGGAUGAAGGCAGGCGGGAGAUGGUCAAAGAGAUCCUGACAGCCCUGGGCUUGCUGCCCUGUGCCAACACACGCACGGGGAGCCUCUCAGGCGGCCAGCGGAAACGCCUAGCCAUUGCACUGGAGCUGGUCAACAACCCGCCUGUCAUGUUCUUUGAUGAGCCCACCAGUGGCCUGGACAGCGCCUCCUGCUUCCAAGUGGUGUCCCUGAUGAAAGGGCUGGCCCAGGGCGGCCGCUCCAUCGUCUGCACCAUCCACCAGCCCAGUGCCAAGCUCUUUGAGCUCUUUGACCAGCUUUAUGUCCUAAGUCAAGGACAAUGCGUCUACCGGGGGAAGGUCUCCAAUCUCGUGCCGUAUCUGAGGGAUCUGGGCCUGAAUUGCCCUACCUACCACAACCCGGCAGACUUUGUCAUGGAAGUGGCAUCUGGGGAGUACGGGGAUCAGAACAGUCGCCUGGUGAGAGCCGUGCGGGAGGGCAUGUGUGACUCUGACUAUAAGAGAGACCUUGGGGGCGACACUGAUGUUAACCCGUUUCUUUGGCACCGGCCUGCUGAAGAGGACUCCUCCUCCAUGGAAGGUUGCCAUAGCUUCUCGGCCAGCUGCCUCACCCAGUUCUGCAUCCUCUUCAAGAGGACCUUCCUCAGCAUCAUGCGGGACUCGGUCCUGACCCAUCUGCGAAUCACCUCUCACAUCGGGAUCGGCCUGCUCAUUGGCCUGCUGUACCUGGGCAUUGGAAACGAAGCCAAGAAGGUCCUGAGCAACUCCGGCUUCCUGUUCUUCUCCAUGCUGUUCCUCAUGUUUGCUGCCCUCAUGCCCACCGUUCUGACCUUUCCCCUGGAGAUGAGUGUUUUCCUCCGUGAGCACCUGAACUACUGGUACAGCCUGAAGGCCUACUACCUAGCAAAGACCAUGGCCGACGUUCCCUUUCAGAUCAUGUUCCCCGUGGCCUACUGCAGCAUCGUGUACUGGAUGACGUCCCAGCCAUCGGACGCUGUGCGUUUUGUGCUGUUCGCUGCCCUGGGUACCAUGACGUCACUGGUAGCCCAGUCCUUAGGCCUACUGAUCGGAGCUGCAUCCACGUCCCUGCAGGUUGCGACGUUUGUGGGUCCCGUGACAGCCAUCCCUGUCCUGCUCUUCUCCGGAUUCUUUGUCAGCUUUGACACCAUCCCAGCCUACCUGCAGUGGAUGUCCUACAUCUCCUACGUCAGAUACGGCUUCGAGGGGGUCAUCCUGUCCAUCUACGGCUUGGACCGAGAGGACCUGCACUGCGACAUUGCAGAGACGUGCCACUUCCAGAAGUCAGAAGCCAUCCUGCGGGAGCUGGACGUGGAGAAUGCGAAGCUGUACCUGGAUUUCAUUGUCCUGGGCAUCUUCUUCAUCUCCCUGCGGCUCAUCGCCUAUUUCGUCCUCAGAUACAAAAUCCGGGCUGAGAGGUAAAAAACGCCUCCAAGCCAGCAACGAGGCAAAGCAGACAUUGUGACCAAGGGCACUGCUGGGAGGUAGCAGUGUACCUGCUCCUGGUGACACAGACUCUCCCAACCCAACCUGGAGGCCAUGCAGGUCCGACGAUGACCAGUGUUGAGCGCCUCUGCCCGCCGGGUUGGACCUGUUCGUUUCCUUUUCUAACUAGGAAGAUGUAGGAUGGUUGGGUUUUUUUUUUUUCUUUUUUUCUUUUUCUUUUUCUUUUUUUUUUUUCUUUUUUGACAUGUGGUAUUCAAAAUACAACUGGCAUAGAAUGCCAUCCUGUGUUCCAACUGGGGACAGUGGCUUCCUCCUGGAGUCCAGGACACACUGGCCCCGGAUGAGGAGUGUUGGCUGAGUUGGUCCCCAGAGAGGUGGAUAUCUUGGGGAGGAGGAAGGUCCACACCUAGUGGGCACAAAGGCUACCUGAGGACUGUUUUCUCUUAAGGUCUCAGCCUUCUAAAGUUCCUUUCAUUUCUGAUGAAGUCACUUUCCGAGCCAAAGUCGAUAAAUUUCAUUCACAUCGAGAGAUUGUAUCUUUUUAGUACUUCUUGAGGACUUAUUCAGGGUAAAAGAUGUGUUUUGCUUAGAAACAGAAGAGUCCAACCGAGUCACCGAGGAGGCCUCACAGAUAAAACCAGAGAAGGUCAAACGCAGGCUCCAGGUGAGGGAGACACCACCCCAGCUGCGCUGGAGCAGCAGGGACUAACGCCACGCCACGAAGUGCAGACAGUGCUGGGGCAACUAGCAGGCUCCUCCCAGACUUCCUUUCUCAUGUGCUUCUUAACUUAAAACUCUUCCUAGUUUUCCAGCCACUUUCAUUUUGCCCAAGAAAUACUCGAUCCACUCUGUCGAUGUUUAAAGACCCAUUUCCCCUUCCUUCGUGAAUCACAUUAACUACCUCCACCGAGCCUGGGAAGCCGGCCUGGGGACAUAUCAGGUGUAUCCCUCAAACUUGAGGGGAGCCGUGGGGUGUCAAGGACAGGCAGGUCGGCUACGUGGGAGGGGAGGUGCCAUGGAUGCCCCCGUAAAGAAAAUGCAGCUGCUCAUUCUUCCAGAGCAUGGCCAUCCUAAGGCCAGCCUCCUGCAAGAGCCUCUAUUUUUGAGGGUAGGCCAGUUUACCCCUGUGAGCCUCAGUUUCCCCACCUGUAAGUAAUUGCACUAGAUCAUGUCUUGACAGGUCCUGAGAUUCCUCGGCUGUGGCCUUGACGCUUUCGUAUCUUAUCUGUAGAGAAUGAUAAGGGUCCGAAUUUUACUUACCGCAUGGAUAAUGUGCUUUGGAACUCUUUAGAGAUUCUUUUUAUUUUUUACACUCCUAGCUCUUUUUUAUAGAGAACACACGGUUGAAAUGCGUAUUAUGAUGUAAUCUUCGGUUUGCUUGUUCUAUACAAACACGGCCUUGCCUUCUAGACUCAGCUUUUAACCAGGGACACGAUUCGCCUUUAUUAAAAAAAAAAAAAAAAGUCUUCAUUAAAAAAGAAAACACCAAAAA